CAUCUUUCUAAGGUGAGUUCUAACAACGAUGACGUGAAUCGAUGAAGUCUUGCUGUGUUUUCACCAUCUGUUUGUACAGGUACAAAGUGCUUUAAAGCAAACAUGACGGAAUAAACAGACGUGUCAGCUUUCAACUGCGCGCCACCGCAAGGGUACCGAACCGUAGCGACUUUGAAGAGUGCUCUCCAGAGCUGGAGAAUUCCCUAUAAGGUUUACCAGCCAGCCAGCCAGAAAUAGCGAUUAUUUGCGGACUGGUUUACGUAAAGAUUCAUCUCGAAAUUUCUGGGCUACCCUUAAAGAAGACUCUCGAAAAAGACUUUACUGUGCGCAGUAGUUCAGAGCGCGAGGAUGAAUGUGGGCACGGCGCACAGUGAAGUGAAUCCAAAUACGCGCGUGAUGAACAGCAGGGGCAUAUGGCUCUCCUAUGUGCUUGGCAUCGGCCUGCUGCACAUCAUAUUGCUCAGCAUACCCUUCGUCAGCGUACCUGUUGUUUGGACUCUCACCAACCUCAUCCACAACAUGUGCAUGUACAUCUUCCUACACACGGUCAAAGGGACGCCAUUUGAAACCCCAGACCAAGGCAAGGCCCGGCUGCUGACCCACUGGGAACAGAUGGACUAUGGCGUCCAGUUCACCGCCUCGCGGAAGUUUCUUACCAUCACCCCUAUUAUACUGUAUUUCCUCACCAGUUUCUAUACAAAGUAUGACAGGGUCCACUUCGUCAUCAACACCAUUUCCCUGCUCACCGUGCUUAUCCCCAAACUGCCUCAGUUCCACGGGGUGCGUCUCUUUGGGAUUAAUAAAUACUGAUGGGGCCGCAGGACCAGAAGGGGUUCCGUAACCUGUUUUAUGUCCAUCUGGGUGCACGUCAGCGCUCUUUGAUCUUCGGCCCAAGAGGAUCUGUUGUGUAUGUGAGGUUGACACACAGAACCCUUUAAUGACUUUCCGUGAGACUUUUAUGAGAGGGGAAGUGUGGGGUUUCAUUGGGUACUCUGGUGCUUUGAGCGGCCGAAUAAUCUGCUAUGUAUCACGUUUUACGAUGCUCUUUGUAUUACAUCUGGUAAAUAUACAAAUAGUUUUGUAUCACCAGCUGAUUGCAGCAGACGCUUUUGUAUGUAGAUGGUCUCUGGAGAUGGCAGGACCCUUGUUCUACAGUGUUGAAAUCGAGAUAUUGUGUUGCUUAUCAGCAUUAUGUAAAUCAUUGGACCUGAGCGCUUGCAGUCACUUGGCAGAGAUGCAUUGACUGUAAUGAAUCCAGUUGGUCCAGAUUGUCACUGUGUGCUGCUUUGUUGGACGAUUUUUAGCUACAAGAACCGUAAUUUCAGGUUGAGUGUGAAAAACAGCCACGGUAGCUUUAAUCCAGUAGUUGGACAUUGUGUCUUGCUAAGUAAGACCUAUGCCAGCCCUGUAUUUGAAAUGCCUUACCUAUAGACGCAUUACAGAUUUCAAACAAAUCCAGUGGAGUUUUAUAUCAUUUAUACAUAUUUUUAAACAGAAUUAUACGUAUGUGGGUUGUUGUGCUACAUCUGUGAUGUUCCAGAUCUGCAGUAGUGUUUUAACCAACAUUUGUCUUUCACGCAACAUGAGUGUUAAGUAACAAGAUGAAUCUGUCAACUUGUCAACUAGACAACGGCAUGUUCCUGUGCAAAGACCUUAACGUACUCUGCUGAGGAGCAGAAUAUUUCGGUGAAGCAUCAACAAAAUGUGAAUGAUGAGACGAUCGAGUGCUUUGAUGUUUACGGCCAAAUAGCAUGUCUCUUCAUUAGAGCAUCACUAUAGAGACUAAUGUCAUGUCUGGACAGUGGAUAAGCAGUCCCUGUUAUUAUGAUGUUUUGCAUGAUAGUACACGUGGAGUUCUAAUUAUUCAUACUUUGUCCUGAUUUUUGUAGCAGAAAAUGUUUAGCUGUUUUUUCUCAAAUUGGGGAGUGUGAGGUGUUUGACUAACCCCCAUAGGUACUUUUACUGAGUUGAACGAUGUUCUUUGCCUUUGUGUAGCAUAACAUUUCAUUGUCUUGUUUUUUUGUAGCAGUUUAUUGUACAUAAGUGGUCUCAAAGCAGUACAGGGUUGGAGCGUGAUGCUUUAUUUCGGCUUUUCUUCAAAGGUACAGAGGAAAAGUUAUUACAUAAUCAAGCAAAUCAAUUGUGGUCUGUAUUUCAGUACAAAAUGUAUAGCACAUAGUUAGUAUUUGUAAAUGAUAUUAAUUAAUUCUGUAUAUUUUUCAUUACAUGUGUCUUAAUUAUUGACAUUAUCAGUGUUUAAAAUAUUUGUUUUUUACAAUAAUGGAAACGGUAUUGUUAUAUGUUUGGAUUAAGGAGAAUUUUGGAUCCAGUGGCAUACCUGGCAUAUCUGAUCCGGGUAGUCCACAACUAAAAAGGUGCUUACACUGUUUUUUCACAUGUAUUGCACCGAAUGAGAAUUUGGACCAUGAUAAUCUGAUGGGUUGAGUAUAAUAGUUCAUAUAGUUGCUAUUAUAAACUGGUGUAAGGAUGUCAGAGCAUUUGCUUCUGUGGAACUGCUUCUGUUGAUGCAGCAAAGCCUCUUGGACAACUCUUUGAGUUUCCUUUUGUGAUUUGUGAUAGCGAUUUGUUGUGAUUGAAGUGACUCCCAACACGAUUUGUCAUGAUCUGGGAUAACGUCCACUCAUUAUUUCAUGUGAAACACAGGAUGUAUGAAAACCUUUAAUGAUGUUUAAUGUUUUUGUCGAUGUGUAGUGUUGUCACAUUUUGACCCAGGGAUAUGUUUUUUAAGUUUUUUUUAGACAUGAUAAAGAUAUUACAAGUGCAGUAUUUGCAUUAAGGGAGAGGUUUAACAAAUCUAGAAGAAUUCAAAAUCAUCUCGCCCCAUGAAAGUGAUGUUUGUCGGUAUGCUCUUGUUGUUGCACAAAUAAGAAAAUUCACAGGCAUCUGGGUCAGAGCCUGAUCUGGGUGGCCGAAGCACCAGUAUUGCAACGUGAUCCAGAGUCACGUUCUCUGGACUGUUACCCAAAGCCAGCAACUUUUUAAACAUUGACUGGGUGAAAGUCAGUCAGAAUCGGUGAGAGUGAGGCCUCAUGUAUCAGUCUGACUUCUCCAUUACUAGCCACAGCUCGUGUAAGCUGUCUAUCUGCCUGUCGACAGGUCUCUACACACCUCCCCUCAGUGAGCGUAUCGAUCCCCAUCGCGGGGCGUUUCCUUCCUCCUGCACACUCAUCUCGCUGUGGUUUACCUGAUCUUGUUCACUGUGCAGAUGUUGCCUGGGUUUUGCUUUUUUAAUAUCGUAAACCGCAGUGUUGCUACACCCGUUUCACACUGCCUGCAAAACCAUGCAUUUAGUUAUGUGGUGACACAUUAUGCCUACAUAACAGGUUAUAGACAGUAUUCAUGCUACUCAUGAAUAUAUGGGUGCAAUUGUUUUAUUUAUUUAGGGCUUUUGUGAAGUAGCUUCAAACCUGUUGAAAGAUGUUUGUCCGCCUUGUUACAUGUUAUUCACACAUAGGUUGGGAAAAUAUGUUUCCCCAUAAUAACACAGACCUUGAAAAGAUUUCUACAGAUUUAUAUUUAAUAUGUGAUGUGUAUUGCAUGAAGGGCUAUAGUGCCAGGGACUCGACGUUGAAAUAUUUUUUAGAGUCACCUGAAUAUUUAGCACUUUUGAAAAUGUAUUUUAAUUUACUGAAAGAAACUAUUUUUUACACAUUAUUUUCGUUAGACAGACACGUAUA